AUGCGAGACCAUUAUGGAGAUGACGCCGUACCACACUCUACUACAGCCUAUUACACUCUACUACAGAGAAAUACGCUUCACUACAGAGAAAUACAUUCUACUACGCUCUACUACAGGCUACUACACUCUACUACAAGCUACUACACUCUACUACAGAGAAAUACGCUCUACUACACUCUACUACAGGCUAAUAUACUCUACUACAUAGAAAUACGCUUUACUACAGAGAAAUACAUUCUACUACACUCUGCUACAGGCUACUACACUCUACUACAGAGAAAUACGCUUUACUACAAAGAAAUACAUUCUACUACGCUCUACUACAGGCUACUACAAGCUACUACACUCUACUACAGAGAAAUACGCUCUACUACAGAGAAAUACGCUCUACUACAGAGAAAUACGCUCUACUACGCUCUGCUACAGGCUACUACACUCUACUACAGAGAUAUACGCUUUGCUACAGAGAAAUACAUUCUACUACAGAGAAAUACGCUCCACUACACUAUACUACAGGCUACUACACUCUACUACAGAGAAAUACGCUUUACUACAGAGAAAUACGCUCUACUACAGAAAAAUACGCUCUACUACACUCUACUACAGGCUACUACACUUUACUACAGAGAAAUACGCUUUACUACAGAGAAAUGCAUUCUACUACGCUCUACUACAGGCUACUGCACUCUACUACAAGCUACUACACUCUACUACAGAGAAAUACGCUUUACUACAGAGAAAUACGCUUUACUACAGAAAAAUACGCUCUACUACAGGCUACUACACUCUACUACAGAGAAAUACGCUUUACUACAGAGAAAUACAUUCUACUACGCUCUACUACAGGCUACUACACUCUACUACAGACUACUACACUCUACUACGGAGAAAUCCGCUUUACUACAGAGAAAUACAUUCUACUACGCUCUACUACAGGCUACUACACUCUACUACAUGCUACUACACUCUACUACAGAGAAAUACGCUUUACUACAAAGAAAUACAUUCUACUACGCUCUACUACAGGCUACUACAAGCUACUACACUCUACUACAGAGAAAUACGCUCUACUACAGAGAAAUACGCUCUACUGCAGGCUACUACACUCUACUACAAGCUACUACACUCUACUACAAGCUACUACACUCUACUAAAGACUGCUAAACUAGACUAAGU